AUGGCCAAAGAAAAGCCCACAGAUCCCGAAAAGGAGGCUAAGAAGCUGGCCAAAGCAGAGAAAAAAGCCAAGCGCUCAGAAACGAACGGCGUCCACAAAUCCAAAUCAGACAAAAAGGAGAAAAAAGAGAAGAAAACGGCAGCUGCAACGUCAGAUGCAGAAGUUACAACCAAGCUCCUAAAUACCCUCGAAGAGACCAAGCCUGGCAGUGUGGCUGUCAAGGAAGGAAAUGGAGAUGUAAAGGUCAAGGUGAAAAUGGAGCCCUUGCUCGGAGCAUUGGUGCCGUUUGCAAAUCCAUUGGCGGAUGAGAAAGCUGGUAAAAAGGUGCUGAAGAGUGUUAAAAAAGCAACGAAGAACAAAUCUCUGAAGCGCGGCGUCAAAGAAGUCGUCAAAUCUCUCCGCAAAUCCAGUACUGCCGCCGCCACCGCCGGGAGCGGUGACCCUCCCGCCAUCGUUAUACUCGCAGCCGACAUUUCACCCAUGGAUGUCAUAUCGCAUAUCCCGGUCCUUUGCGAAGACCAUGGCGUGCCGUACAUCUAUGUGACGUCGAGGGCGGAGCUGGGCGCAGCUGCUAGUACGAGCAGGCCGACAAGUGUGGUCAUGCUUACGCAGGAGGCAGUGGGGAAGAAGAAGGGGGGUGAGGAGAAGGGGGGCGAGGAGGAAUUCAAGGAGGUGUAUAGGGACUUGGUGAAGAUUGUGUUGAAGGCUUCGAGGGAUUCCAUCGUCGACCAAAACUCCAAACCCAAAUCCGAAAUCAUCGCCGAGCGUCAGUCCAACCUGCCCCUCCCCGACGACCCUCCCGUGGCCUCGGACUGGAACUCGAGCGACGCCAGCAAAGUGAACGUCGGGUCCGGUGGCGUGGAGAGUGACAUCUCGUACGGAGGGGACAUUCGAGAGCCGGCGACGAGCGACAGCAGCGCGAGGACUGACGGGGAGACGUUCAAUAAGAAUUCAAGUCUGCCUCAAGGGGUGGGGAGGGAAGGACAUGAUGGGUUGGAUGGGCUGCCGAAGGAUGCGUUGAAGAAGUAG